CAGCUCCGGGCCGCUUGCUCCAGCAGAGAGCAGCGAGAAAGAGUUGUUUUUUCCGUGGUUUUCGGUUCGUUUUUCCGGGAAAACCGCCGCGAAGGAGGCGGCCCAGCGACCUAGACGGGGGCCUGGGCGGGCCGGGAAAGGUCCUCCGGUGAGAGGAGAUUCGAUCCUUCCUCGGGUGAAUUGAGAGAUUCGAUCCUUCCUCGAGUGAAGGGAUUUCCAAUCGGGUGAGGAGAUUCGAUCCUUCCUUGAGUGAAGAGAUUUCCCUCCUCAGGUGAAUUAAGGGAUUCGAUCCUUCCUCAGGUGAAUUGAGAUAUUCGAUCCUUCCUCGAGUGAAGAGAUUCGAUCGCUCCUUGAGUGAAGAGAUUCGAUCCUUCCUUGGGUGAAAGAGAUAGAAAUUUGAUCAUUUCUCAGUUGAACACGGAGAGGUUUUCUCAUCUGCCACAGGUUGCCAUUUUUUUUUUUUUUGUGUAGUUUGCUCGUCGUCGCAGGACUGACAGUUAAAUAAUAUGGCUCAUCAACCGCUCAUCAAUCGACGAAACGAAACCGCCUCAAACGAGCCUCUAACUUCUUUAAGACACUAACCAGAGACAAUCCGAGAAACGAAGAAGAUGUUCCCUUCGAAUUUCAUGAACGUUAUGAAAAAGAUUGGAGUAACGACCGAGCCCGGAGCUGGAAACAAUGCCAACGAAUCGCCCGAUGGAGGAACCACUUUUGGCAAAUUAAAACAAACCAUCUCAUCGUCACUGCUCACCGCACAAGACAAAGUCCAAAAGAAACGUCCAAAAGAUGGCGCCGCGACCUUCGCUGGUGCCGGUGGAGGUGGCGGAACCGCCGCCGGGGGCGGGGGCGGGGGCCCUUUCGAAGAGAAGGCGGCGGAGGCGGCGCCGAAAUCGGAGCCGGGAAAGCCGCCGAGCAGGGCGGGCGCCUGUCGGGUGUGCCUGAAGGCUUUCAAGCAGGACGAUUUCAGCAGGACAUGCGCCGAAUGUCAUCAAAGGGUGUGCGAGGAUUGCGCCAGUUAUAGCAAAUUGAAGGAGGACGAGGAUCCUGCCGAUUGGACUUGUAGCGUUUGCAGGAGGUAA